AUGGGUUACAAUAUAGCAAUGGUAACCGACUUCUUCUACCCACAGCCUGGUGGGGUAGAGUUCCAUGUGUACCACUUAUCGCAGAAGUUGAUAGACUUGGGACACUCUGUAGUGAUCAUUACCCAUUCGUAUGGGUCCCGAAAUGGGGUCAGAACAUUGACAAAUGGUUUAAAGGUAUAUUACAUUCCAUUUUUCGUGCUUUAUAGAAGUUCUACAUUUCCCACAGUGUUUCUGGCAUUUCCUAUAUUGAGAAACAUCUUCAUCAGAGAGCUGAUAGACAUAGUACAUGGGCAUGGCUCACUUUCGAGUUUAUGCCAUGAGGCAAUUUUUCACGGCCGUACGAUGGGAAUGAAGACCGUCUUCACAGAUCAUUCGCUAUUUGGAUUUGCUGAUGUUGGUUCCAUCUUGGGUAACAAAGUACUAAAGUUCACCUUAAGCGAUGUGGGUCAUACCAUAUGUGUUUCGCACACUUGUAAGGAAAACACCGUCCUUAGGGCAUCUUUGGAUCCUCUAAGUGUUUCCGUUAUUCCCAAUGCUGUGAUUUCCAAAGAUUUCUCGCCCAAAACGGAGACAAAUUGUAGAGCCAAAACUACUGUAACUAUCGUAGUGAUCUCCAGACUUUUCCCCAACAAGGGUGCCGAUCUCUUAACUGCUAUCAUUCCACGUAUCUGUUUGGACAGACCAGAGGUCAGGUUUUUAAUAGCCGGAGAUGGUCCCAAGUUCUUGGAUUUGGAGCAAAUGAGAGAAAAGUACUUCUUACAAGAAAGAGUCAAACUCAUUGGUGCCGUGAAACACGAAGAAGUCAGAGACGUCAUGGUGCAGGGAGACAUUUACCUUCAUCCCUCUCUUACUGAAGCCUUUGGCACAGUUAUUGUCGAGGCGGCCUCUUGUGGUUUGUACGUCGUAACAACGAAAGUUGGAGGCAUUCCAGAAGUUCUUCCAGGACACAUGACAAGCUUCGCCGAGCCAGAAGAAGAUUCGCUUGUAGCAACCGCAUUGUCAGCUAUUGACAAGAUCAAAUCCGGAGAAAUAGACACUUCCAAGUUCCAUGUAGAGGUGGCCAAAAUGUACAGUUGGGAAAACAUUGCCAGACGAACAGAAAAUGUGUAUAACUAUUUGGACACUUCAAAGAUCAACGUACCGCUUUUCGAGAGGUUGCAGAAGUACUAUUGUUGUGGAUUAAUCGCCGGCAAACUCUUCGUUCUUUGUGUUAUAGUAGACAUCUUUCUAUUGGUAAUUCUUGAGUGGUUAUACCCUGCUGAUCAUAUUGACAAAACUACAAAAUGGCCGAGAGCAAAGCGUAAUAAAGUUGAUGACCAUCCUAAUAAUGACUAG